GCCAAAAUUCACACCACCCACCCAAGAAGAGAACACGGAAACCCAUCCCAAAAUGGAAGCUUGCCAUUGCCAUUGCCAACCCCCUCCACCCUCACCUGUUAAAGCACUGCCUCACUCCCUCCCUUCUCAACCCGGAUUCCACCUCUCCUCCGCCCGCCACCCACCGCGUUCUCUCCCAUGGACGGCGACGGCUGGGUCUGGGUGCGGCGGCCGGCCGACGACGACGAGGAGGAGCGGCCGCUGAAGGUGGUGUUCGACUCCCCGGCCGAGCACUUCACGGACGCGGCGCCCAUCGGGAACGGCAGCCUCGGAGCCAUGGUCUGGGGCAGCGUCGCCUCCGAGAAGCUCCAGCUCAACCAUGAUACCCUUUGGACCGGCGUGCCUGGGAACUACACUGACCCAAAUGCGCCAUACGCACUCGCUGUUGUGAGGAAGCUCGUUGAUGGAGAGAAGUUUGUUGAUGCUACAGAGGCUGCCUCUGGCCUUUUCGGUGGUCCAACAGAGGUUUACCAACCUCUUGGAGACAUAAAUCUGGAGUUUGACUCAUCUAGUCUGGGGUAUACUUCUUACAAAAGAGAGCUAGAUCUACGUACUGCAACUGUUUGCAUCAGCUAUAAUAUUGGGGAAGUUCAGUACAGUAGAGAGCACUUCUGCUCAAAUCCACACCAGGUUUUUGCCACCAAGAUCUCUGCUAACAAAUCAGGACAUGUUUCUUUCACUUUAUCCUUAAACAGUCAACUAAACCACAAUGUUCGGAUAACAAAUGCAAAUGAGAUGAUUAUGCAAGGUACAUGUCCAGGACGAAGACCUGCACUGCAUCACAAUGGGGCCAACGAUGCUAUUGGCAUCAAGUUUGCAACUGCUGUUGGGCUGCAGAUUGGUGGCACUUCCGCAAAAGUCACAAUUAUUGAUGAUCAAAAGUUAAGAAUUGAUGCUGCAGAUUGGGUUGUUUUGCUGGUUGCAGCUGCUUCCUCAUUCGAUGGGCCUUUCGUGAAUCCUUCAGAGUCAAAAUUAAACCCUGAAGUAGCUGCUCUAAAUACAUUGAAUAUCAGCAGGAAUGCUACAUUUUCUCAGCUCAAAGCUGCUCAUUUGGAAGAUUAUCAGGGUCUUUUUCACCGUGUAACUCUGCAACUAUCGCAAGCAUCAAUGCUUGAGAAAGAUAUCUUGGAAGAAGUUGAUCAUGACGUAAAGACUACAGCAGAAAGAAUUAAUUCCUUUAGAAGCGAUGAGGAUCCUUCUUUGGUCGAAUUGUUAUUUCAGUAUGGUCGCUACCUGCUCAUUUCCUCCUCUCGGCCUGGGACACAGGUAUCUAAUCUGCAAGGAAUAUGGAACCAAGAUUUUGCACCUGCUUGGGAGGCUUCUCCUCACCUGAACAUAAACCUUGAGAUGAAUUACUGGCCAACACUUCCUUGUAACCUUACUGAAUGCCAAGAACCACUAUUUGACUUGAUAGGAUCUCUUGCGGUUAAUGGAACAAAAACAGCAAAAGUCAAUUACCAAGCGAGUGGCUGGGUAACUCAUCACGUCACGGACAUAUGGGCAAAAUCAUCUGCAUAUUACGUAGAUGCGAUGUAUGCAUUGUGGCCAAUGGGGGGUGCCUGGCUGUGUACACAUCUUUGGGAAAACUACCAGUAUUCACUGGACAAAGAAUUUUUGGAGAAAAGAGCAUAUCCAUUACUGGAGGGAUGUGCAAUGUUUUUAAUUGAUUGGUUGAUCAAGGGACCAGGAGACUAUUUGGAAACAAAUCCAUCUACUUCUCCAGAGCAUCCUUUCAUAGCUCCUGGUACUGGUGGUCACCUUGCUAGUGUGAGCUAUUCAACUACAAUGGACAUCUCUAUUAUCCGUGAAGUUUUCCUGGCUGUCAUUUCGUCUGCAGAGGUCUUGGGAAAAUCUGAUACUAAUCUGGUUGAAAGGAUCAAGAAGGCACUCCCAAUGCUCCCUCCAGUUAAAAUUUCUAAAGAUGGCACGAUCAUGGAAUGGGCACAAGAUUUCGAGGACCCAGAAGUCCAUCAUAGACACCUGUCACAUCUGUUUGGUCUUUACCCUGGUCAUACUAUAACCAUGCAGAAAAAUCCUGAGGUUUGCAAAGCUGUUGCCAAUAGUCUCCACAAACGAGGGGAAGAUGGCCCUGGAUGGUCGACCACAUGGAAGAUGGCACUGUGGGCACGCCUUCUGAAUAGUGAGAAUGCAUACAGGAUGAUCCUAAAGUUGAUCACCUUGGUUCCUCCUGGUGGCAAGGUUGACUUUGAGGGAGGAUUGUAUACCAAUCUUUGGACAGCACACCCACCCUUCCAAAUUGAUGCAAAUUUUGGAUUCACAGCUGCAAUUGCUGAAAUGCUGCUCCAGAGCACCCAUGGUGAUGCUGAUCUCUACUUGCUACCAGCACUGCCGCGCGAAAAGUGGCCCAAAGGCUACGUGAAGGGAUUGAGGGCUCGCGGCAAUGUGACUGUGAACAUCAGCUGGGAGAAAGGGGAGCUGCAAGAAGCAACGGUGUGGUCUAGCAACCCAAAAUGCACCCUGAGGCUGCACUACGGUGAACAAGUUGCUAUGGUGACAGUUUUAGGGGGCAAUGUUUACAGGUUCAAUGGGGGUUUGCAGUGCGUGGAGACAUACAUGGCCCCUUGACAAUUGAACGCCCUCUGCAUUUCAGUGUUUACGGUUUUUCAUCGUUUUAGAGUAUUUUGUGUGGACAUGAUGAUGAAUUGAUGCGUGCAUUGGAAUAAUUUGCUUUUGUAAAAGAUGGUGCAUGCUCUUCAAGAUAGUCAAGGAGCUGUGCAUGGAUGUCUCUGCUGUAUAUGGCUAUGAUGUAGUAUUGAUUUCUGGUGUAUGGCAACUUUAUCUGUUGUAUAUAUGUCUACCAUAAUCUUUUACUAGGAUUUAGUAGAAAGAAUGUGACUAUUUCAGUUAUAGAUUACCUUUUUCAAAACUGUAUGAUGGACUAUUUUGUUGAGUUAUUUUUUAAAACUUUCAAGAGGUUUGUACUUUUGUAUGUCUUUUAGAUUCUUGUAGUGGAUGCUUCAAUCA